GACAUGAUUUUUAUUCCCUAUGGUACUCUUAAGUUUGCGUAUGCGCCUGAAAAGAAAUACUGAUAAGAUUAAUUUGCAAAAAAGUAAUCAAAAACACAGAUAAAAAGGAGUUUAGAAUUCAGUUAGAAAUGGCUGCUCUAGAGCAUUCUAAUUCUGUUGCACUAUCAAAGGUUGCAAUCUCCAACACUCACGGCGAGGACUUUCCUUACUUUGCUGGAUGGAAAGCAUACGACCAGAAUCCUUACAAUGAGUUGAGUAAUCCGUCUGGAGUCAUACAGAUGGGAUUAGCCGAAAAUCAAGUUUCAUUUGAUCUGGUGGAGAAGUUUUUAGAGAAGCAUUAUGAAGAAUUUAGCUGGGAACAAGAAGCCUCCAGGUUCCGGGAGAAUGCUUUGUUCCAAAGUUACCGUGGACUAAAAUCCUUCAGGCAAGCCAUGGCAGGGUUCAUGGAGGAAAUCAGGGAAGGAAGAGCUAAAUUUGAUCCUGAGAGAAUUGUCAUCACCGCGGGUGCAACUGCCGCCAAUGAGCUUUUGACAUUUAUUAUAGCUGAUCCCGGUGAUGCUUUAUUAAUUCCAACACCUUAUUAUCCAGGUGGUGACGACUCUGUUGUUGUAAGAGUAAAUUGUUCCAACUCUGAACCCGGGGAGGCCGAGGUCUUUGGACAGGCUAUAGACGAUGUGAACUCUUUCUGCUUCUUUGAACUGACGGGCUUCCAGAAUUUCAGCAAUGCUGAUGAAUUCCGAUGAAGAGAAGGUCGAGCCAGAGUAAAUUUCAUCGCAGACAAGGUGAAUGUUUUUCUGGAUUACGAAAUCGAGAGUCUGUUCCAAGACGGAGCGCUGGAUUGUUGUACCUAAUGGAUUUGACGGAUUUGUCAUUAGAAUUCCUUUUACUUUGACAUUCAUGCAUUCUGCUUCUCUGUAUGCAGCCUCCAGAGCUUUCGGAGUGACUUGGAAAUUAUUCUUGCUGUCACAAUGAAUUGGGAUAAUUUCC